AUGACAUCAACAGAACAGGAAAUUACUGAUAAAUUACAAGAAACCACAAUCAAACCACAAAUCAAGGAACAAGUUAUCACACCUUGGGAUGUUGAAGGUGCCGUUGACGAAAAUGGUGUUUCUCAAGGAAUUGAUUAUGAUAAAUUGAUCAAACAAUUUGGCACUAAACCAAUCACCGAAGAAACUCUAACUCGUUUUAGAAACGUUACAGGUAGAGAACCACACCACUUUAUGAAAAAAGGUAUGUUUUUCAGUGAACGUGAUUUUAACAAAAUUUUGGAUUUAUAUGAGCAAGGUAAAUCAUUCUUUUUAUAUACUGGUAGAGGUCCAUCUAGUGAUUCUAUGCAUUUGGGUCAUAUGGUUCCAUUUUUAUUUACUAAAUGGUUGCAGGAUGUUUUCGAUGUUCCAUUGGUUAUCGAAAUGACUGACGAUGAAAAAUUUUUAUUCAAACACAAAUUGACCAUUGAAGAUGUCAAGCAGUAUGCUCGUGAAAACGCUAAAGAUAUUAUUUCUGUUGGUUUUAAACCAGAAAACACCUUUCUUUUCAGUGAUUUGAAUUAUGUUGGUGGUGGAUUUUACGAAACAAUUGUGCGUGUCUCUAGGCAAAUUACCGGCUCAACAGCUAAAGCAGUUUUUGGUUUCACUGAUUCGGAUUGUAUUGGUAAAUUUCAUUUUGCUUCCAUUCAAAUUGCUAGUGCUUUUCCAAGCUCGUUUCCAGAUGUCUUGGGCUUGCCAAACAAAACACCAUGUUUAAUUCCCUGUGCUAUUGACCAAGACCCAUACUUUAGGGUCUGUAGAGAUGUUGCCGAUAAAUUGAAAUAUAGUAAGCCAGCUUUGAUCCAUUCUAGAUUUUUUCCAGCUUUACAAGGGUCUACAACUAAAAUGAGUGCAUCUGAUGACACUACAGCCAUCUUCAUGACAGACACCCCAAAGCAGAUUCAAAAAAAAAUCAAUAAAUAUGCUUUUAGUGGUGGUCAAGUUUCUGUGGAAGAUCACAGAAGACUAGGUGGUAAUCCGGAUAUCGAUGUUGCCUACCAAUACUUGAAUUUCUUCAAAGAUGACGAUGAAUUUUUGAAAGAUUGUUACAAUAAAUAUAAAUCCGGCGAGUUGUUAAGUGGUGAGAUGAAGAAAUACUGUAUUGAAGUCUUACAAGAAUUUGUUGCUGCAUUUCAAGAACGCAGAAAACUGGUUGAUGAUAAAGUUUUGGAUUCCUUUAUGAAACCACACAAGUUAGUUUGGGGAACUAAAGAGAGAUUAGUCCCACCCAAAACAAAGCAAACCAAAAAAUGA